AUGGUGAACACGGCGUCGGCCGGCGUGAACAAGGCGGCGGCGGCGGCGGCGCAGGGGGGUCACCGGGCGCUGCCGCUGGCGUCGCUGAACCACAUCUCCGUGGUGUGCCGGUCGCUGGAGAGCUCGCUCAGCUUCUACCGCGACGUCCUCGGCUUCAUCCAGAUCCGCCGCCCGGGCUCCUUCGACUUCGACGGCGCAUGGCUGUUCAACUUCGGCAUCGGCGUGCACCUGCUGCAGGCGGAGGACCUGGAGAGCCUGCCGCCCCAGAAGACGGAGAUCAACCCCAAGGACAAUCACAUCUCCUUCACCACGUGCGAGAGCAUGGAGGCGGUGCAGCGGCGGCUCAAGGAGCUGGGCAUCCGGUACGUGCAGCGGCGGGUGGAGGAGGGCGGCAUCCACGUCGACCAGAUCUUCUUCCACGACCCCGACGGCUUCAUGAUCGAGGUCUGCACCUGCGACAACCUCCCCGUCAUCCCGCUCGUCACGCACCUCGACGCCGCCGCCUCCUGCGCGCCGCCCGCGGUCGUCGCGCCCAGCUGCAAGAGGGUCUCCAACCAGCACCAGCAGCAGCUCAGCACCAUCGUCACGGCGGCCGUGCCCGAAGUCCCGCCAACGGCGGCCCCGGCGCCGCAGCAGUCCGUCGGCGGCGGCUGCGUCGGCGAGGUCGUCGACCCGGCGGCCAGCAUGUCCGCCAGCGCCAUGAUGACCUGCUCGGAGCACGCCUGCAUGCAGGUGUAA